GUGGAUUAUUCGAGAGUCUGACUCGGGGCCGGUGAACGGUGUGUGUUUCCCUCCGGCGGCGAUAAUCCCCCCCGUCGCGGGAGGGUAUAUAGGGCCGGCGGGGGCGGGUGCCAUGACUGUUCCGCCAUGGAGAGCCCGCCCGUGCCGCUGCUGCUGCUGCUGGCACUGCUGGCACCGGCCCUGUGCGUGCCUGCCGCCUCAGAUGUGAGAAGAGCAAUAUCAUCUAGUCCAGAUGGCAUCAAUCCUGCAGGCAGUCCUUAUAACCCCAUGAAUCCAUUCCUAUCGCUGAAGCCUUUCCUGCCAUCUAAGCCUACCUUCUUUCCACCUGUUGUGGACCCCAACUACUUUAUCGGGCAGAAGGCUGCUCUCCUGAAUGGGCUGUUCUCGUCUAAAACUGCAGGACUCGUCCCCGGAAAAACUCCAGCGACAUAUGAAACAAAGCGAACUUUACCCGCUGCAGGCUUCAGUCCAAUGGCUUUUGGCCCAGAUGUGUUCAUCAGUAAGAAGACUGCAUUUUUAAACCAGCUUUUCAAGCAGCUUGCUACCCCACCACCAGACGCUGCCGAGGACACAAGUCAAGACCUACCAACUACAGCCGAUCCAAACAUUGCCACGUACAAUAAAAUUGCAUUGUUGAACAUUCUUCUAAAACAGCUCGCGUCUCCAACUCCCAGCGCGAAUUCAGCUGCUAAACGAGCUGUUUCCACGGAUGCCACUGCAGAUAUGCUGAGUAAUCUGUUCUUGAAUAACGACGCCUCUCCUAGUGACAGUGAAGGCAGCUUCCCUGAAAAGCCUGUGUCCUGGUCGUCGUUUGCAGCAGCUAAAUCCCCUGUGGCAAAACCAACUAUAGUCCCGCCCGGUUUUUGGUCAGCAUUCAUCAAACCUGCUCCUCCAGUGAAGCCCACAAUUGUACCGCCUAGCUUCUGGUUUCCAGCUGUACAACCAGUGAGCACCACGAUGAAACCAACCAUAGUCCCGCCCAGUUUUUGGCUUCCUUUUGCUCCCGGCUCUGCAAACACAAGUACCGCCUUGCCUGUGGAUCCUUCUGUUUUCAUGAGCAAGAAGGCAAAGUUCCUGCAAACAUUAUUCAGCACUCUGCAGACCACGCCCGCACCACCAGCAGAUCCUGUAGAUGUUUACUCCGAGAAGGUGAAUGAAUUCCUUGAUAAGUUGUUCUCAUCUCUGCAAGUGGAACAGCCCAGCGGUGUGGCACGCAGAAGUGCUCUUCCCGUAACUUCUACUGACCCUGUAUCUUCGCUGGUGGAAGCGAAGAGCAAAAUAGUCAGCUCCAUCAUAGCAGAAAUGACGAGCGUGAAGAACAGCAUGCUGGACACUGUCGACGACAUCGUGAAGAAGCAAAAGGAGGUCGUGACGGCAGCUUCUAGCUUUGUCCCAGGCAAGAAACCAUUCGCCUCGCCAUACGCUGGAAUGUGGGGCGGGGCAGCUGCUAUGGGUAAGCCCACGCCCGAUCCGACAGCCCCGCUGAAACAGAAGCUCAAGUUCUUGGACCAGUUAUUUGACAGCCUGGCUAAGAUGGAGAAGGAUGUGACGGAUUCGGUAAACAAGGUGGUUAGCAAGCAACCCACCAACCCAACCCCAUCCACCGACAGUAUCCUUCUGGCCUUACUGAAGGAUCGAGUGCAGGGGAUGGCCAAUUCAACCAGCAUUGGAGGUAGCGAGGAGAAGAAGGGGUUACAAGAGGAACUGCAACGCAGGGGGAUCAAAAUGGCAGUGCACCAAGGCUACCAGUCUCUUCCUCCAGGAGCAGAAGAGAUCCUCCAGGCUGGAGGUGGUGGAGAAGCUGAUGGACAAGAAGGAGGUGGUCUCAAGCUGCAGAUCAAAGUGCCAGUAUAAAGAACUCUGAACCAUCAUAUUUCACCUAACAGCUCCAGAAAAAAAAAUAUGUAUUUUUCGUGUGAUGGUGUGCCAGAAGAGAUAGGAGCUCACUGUCGUUUUCGUGAACAUUCUGAAAAAAAAUUCUGAAGAACUUCACAAUUUGCUCACAUCUUGUUGCAAAAUCUGAUGUUAGCAAAAUCUUAUCCGGAGUAAUAUGUGCCAUAUAGAGCAAAUGUUCAAGUUCCAUGUUUGGCGAUAACCGAAGUCUAGCAAAUGAUAAAAGUUGAGAUGAUCAAGUGUAGCUGCAGGGCAAUGGCUUUGUUACAGGAUCUACUAGGCGCACAAGACGAUGGCAUCCCUCAGCACCACGGCCACCAUCACAAUCACAAUUAGGUAGCAAUUUAAAUAAUAAGUCUUCAACAUAACGUAUGUAGAAAUGAGGGGCGAGUGAAUGAUAAAACGUUUUUUAAUAAUUUGUAAUGUAGUUUCGAUUUACAAUAAAUGCACAAUAAAA